GUCUAUUAUGAACAACUGGUUUUGCAUCCUGAAGCGCAAAUGAGGCGGAUCUUGGAUUUCCUUGAGAUACCAUGGAAUGAUAGCGUUCUUCACCAUGAGAGGUUCAUAGGCAAAGAUGUUUCAUUGUCAAAUGUGGAGAGGAGUUCUGACCAGGUUAGUAAACCUGACGAGACGGUUAUCAAAAAGACGGAAGAAAUUCAUAAGAAUGUUCAUGAAUGGUACAAGAAGGCUGUUAGCGUUGUAAACGAUCCAGCAAGAGUGGAUAAGCCAAUUGUGCCCGAGUAG